AUGGCAAAUUUGCCGGUAAUUAUUGUUUUGUGCACAUUUUUUGUGUCAGGUUUUCAGGCCAAACAAGUGCAUUUCGAGAUUGAGACCACCAUUUCGAUCGAUGCGAAGAAAUAUUUGGAAAUGUUCAAAAAAUCAAAUCAAACUGAUUGUGCUGAGAAUGAAGAGUAUUUAGAAUGUGGUAAAAAGUGUAUGUUGAGCUGUCGAUACUCUUCAUCAUCGCUUGGCAUUGCACUCUCCGAAGAUGAGUGCAAAAAAAAUGAAUGUGUCAAAGGAUGCUUUUGUAAAGAUGGUUUGGUGCGACAAAGAGAUAAAUGUGUACCUGUGGCAGAGUGUUCAUCUCGUCAAAGCAAAGCUUUGGAAGUUCAUGAAUUUCCACAGUUCAAUCAAGGAUUAAAACUUUUUGGAUUAUUCCGACCAUGUGCAUCCGGUGGAUGCGCUCCUCCUCCUUCUCCUCAUCCUCAUCCUCCUCAAAACAUUCACAUUCAUAAUUACAAUGAAGCUAUUGCCGGUGAUGAAGAUUCAAAUGAAGAUUGUGUGCAUGGCAAUUGUGGACAUAGCAGCCAUGAAGGUCACAGUAGCUAUGGAGGUCACAGUAGCUAUGGAGGUCACAGUAGCUAUGAAGAUCCCAGUAGCUAUGGAGGUCACAGUAGCCAUGGAGGUCACAGUAGCCAUGAAGGUCACAGUAGCCAUGAAGGUCACAGUAGCUAUGAAGGUCACAGUAGUUAUGUAGCAAAUAGUGGCGGAGGAACAUCAAGCAACAGCAAGAGCGAUGACAACAACAAUAAUAAUAAUAAUAACAAUAAUAACAAUAUUGUUCCAGUAAUUAACUUGAUUUCUCCAGGAGGUGGCUCAAAUUGCGGCUCAAAUUGUGGCUCAGGAGAAAAUCAUCAUACUCAUCACUAUUAUCCGGUUGAAAAUGGUCCAGUUGGUCAUCAUCCAGGAGGUCAUCCCGGAGGUCAUCCCGGAGGUCAUCCCGGAGGUCAUCCCGGAGGCUAUCCCGGAGGCUAUCCCGGAGGCCAUCCAGGAGGCUAUCCCGGAGGCCAUCCAGGAGGCUAUCCAGGAGGCUAUCCGGGAGGCUAUCCCAGUUUUCCUGGAGUCUUUCCCGGUUUUCCUGGAGGCUAUCCCGGAGGUAGUCAAGCUUAUUUAGAUUUUUUAGCUUUUUUAAAUUCACGAUAUGGACCUCCCAAUGGAAUGGUAGAUAGUAAUGGUGUUUCUAUAUUCUAUAUUAAUGGGCUUCCAUACAGGCUUGACACAAGAAAUGAAAAUUUGAUUUUCCCUAAUGGCUCCUCUAUCGACUUGACACGAAGGCGUAGUAUUAAUCUCCCUAUUAACUUCAUUAAUUCUUACGAUGAAUCGAGUCUCGGUAUUGAUCAAAACUACGAUCCGGUCACAGAAAAUAAUGAUUUGAAAAAGAAAGUGAGAUCACAAUCGGUUCCUGUUAAAUCUCCAGAAAACCACCAAAUGAAUCCAAGCACAUUUUUGACGCCCAAUAAUCAAUAUGACAAAAUUGUUAGUUCCAAUGAUAUUCCAUUCACAACCUUAAUUGUACCAGUCGGUUAUUAUCCACCCAGCAUGGAAACUAAAAAACCAAAUAAGAAAAAAUCAUCAAAUUUGAAAAAAACACCAAAAGAUUCUGACAGAUCAGUGAGUUUAACCCGAAUUACAAUUUCACCGACGGCAUCGAGUCAGCAACUCAGCAACGACAUUCUUUUGGGAAAUGAUUUACCUUUGAAUUCAAAACAAUUUCCAUUCAAUACACCCGCAAAUUAUCCCAUUUAUUUGAAUGGUCUACCAAAUCAAAAUUAUCAAAAUUAUCAAAACUAUCAGAACUAUCAAAAUCAACCAAAUUUCAAUGCUGAAGCUGCAUACAAUAAUCAAUUUAACGGAUACUUUUUGCAAAAUCAACAACCAAAUACCCAAUAUAACCAAUUUAGUCCAAGUAAUAGUCCACUAAAUAGUCAAAAUUAUUUUGGUCCACCAAUUCCAAAUAGCGGACAAAACUCGUUUGUAAAUCCAAACGCACCGUAUAUCGGCUACAAUCAAUUGCUUCCAUUCAACGCAAAUCAAUUGCCGCAAUUGUUUCAAGCAAACCCAACAAAUGUCUAUACCAACUCACCAUCAUCCAAGAGUGGAUCUGUUGAAAGACAAGAAGAGGUUUCCACGGAAAAACCAAUGAAAAAAGAAACUUAAUUUGAUUUAUGAUUAAAAUUAAAAAAUUAUAUUAUGUAUUAUUCAACAUUAUUUAUUUACACGCAAAUAAUUAAAAAUGGUUCUAAUUUUUGUAUUUUCAAUAUAAAAUUCAAUAAAAUGAUUAUAUCAAAAUGAUUACGUUUAA